GCCCGAGUGCAGACCGCGGUGACGUGCGCGCGCGCGCGCGAGGGCGGGAAUCCUAGAAGGGCCGCGGGCGGUGGCUGUGACAGUUGCGGUCGCCGCGCGAGGACUGGCGGAGCCGUGCGCUGAGGAGAAGGUCUGAAGGAGAGAAGCGUUGUUGCUGGGUCGGCUGCGAGCGCGAUGCAGACGCUGAAGCAGAAGCAUCGCCCCUUCUGCUUCAGCGUGAAAGGCCAAGUGAAGAUGCUGCGGCUGGCACUAACUGUGACAUCUAUGGCUUUUUUUAUCAUUGCACAAGCCCCUGAACCGUACAUUGUCAUCACUGGAUUUGAAGUUGCUGUUAUUUUCUUUUUCAUAAUUUUAUAUAUGCUGAGACUGGAUCGAUUAAUAGACUGUUUGUUUUGGCCUUUGCUUGAUAUUAUCAACUCAAUGGUAACAGCAAUAUUCAUGAUAAUCAUAUCUGUGUUGGCACUGAUACCAGAAACUACAACAUUUAUAGUCCUUGGAGGGGAUCUUAUCAACAGUUUCAUUACAGCUGUGUUCCUUCUAAUAGUUGCCAUCUUGGUGAUGCAAGAAAUGGAAAGAAGGCAUUUAUUCUACAUUGGAGGGAUAUGAGAACUGGGGUUAAAUACCUUACCCUGGGACACAAGGCUGUGACAAACUGAGGCUCAAAUCUUCAUCAUAUGAAGAGCACAAGAAAUGGCAGAUUCAAUGUUUUGAAGAUGGAGGGUGGGAAGUGGGGAGGUGAGACUUUGGUUUAAGAAGUUAAGCACUGGGAACAGAAAUUAAUCCAGAAAAAAAAGUUUGAGUUCUUUCAAUUCAUCCCAUAAUCAGUAGAUAUUUGUCAGUCCCAUUGGAUUGUGCCAGGCCCAGGCUGGGGAUAAAGUCCCUUAUCCCUGUGGGAGCCCACAGAUUAGCUGAGGCAAGACAUACCUAGAAAAUGUUAAGUGACGCUAAAGAGAAACACCUAAGUGGGCAGGAUUUGGGGAGCACCUAGAAUCUUGGGUGCUUGCUAUGGGCUGCUGGUCCCCAUUUGCUAACUCAGCCACCAAGCCUUCUCCUACCUGCCAGGGGCUCCCACACUCUGGUCUCUAUCGAUUUCUACCUGAAUAGCAGGAGCCCCCAACCACAUCUCACUGGUUUCCCUGCCUCCAGUCUGAUUCACCUCAUGGCUACUGCACGUGGGCUUUCUGCCUCUGGCACCUGAACUUUCCUCUUUUUUUUUUUUUUUUUUUUUUAAGUUUUAUUU